AUGACUGUUACGAAGAGUUUUUUCGGCCAAAGCCAGAGCCCCUGGCUCUUUCUUAUUGCGGCCCUUUUCCUUUAUUUGACAGUUUUGAGCUACAAUUCAUGGAACCGUCUCAGACACAUCCCCGGGCCACCAGGUGCUGCCUUCAGCAAAUGGUGGAUGCUACGUAACACACUGGGUGGGCAGAUGCAUCUCGCCCUCAAGCGAGCCUGUGAUGAUUAUGGCCAGGUUGUCCGAAUUGGUCCCAACGACUUGGUAACCAAUGACUCGGAGCUUCUCCGUCGAAUGUGGGCGGUCCGCUCACCAUAUCGCAAAGGUCCCUUCUACCAGGCUGUCAGAUUCGAUCCGGCCCGGGACAACAUCAUCUCCAUGAGAAAUGAUCAUGAACACAGCGAACUGCGAGCUAAGAUGGCUAUCGGCGUGGGUCUCUUUCCUUUGUAUACACAACUAAUUCUAUCUCUUGUGGUUGACAAGUAUUCCGGCAAGGAAAAUGAAAAUCUCGAAUUCACCAUUGAUAAACAGAUCAAUAGUUUCGUUCAGCUCAUCGAAGAGAAAUAUGUGUCGACACCAACUGUCUUCCGUCCCAUGGAUAUCUGCAGGAAGAUCCAAUAUCUCACACUAGACGUUAUUACCUCUCUUGCCUUUGGUUAUCACUUUGGGUACCUUGAGCGAGAUACUGACGUUCAUCACUACAUCCAAAUGACAGAGGAAAGCAUGCCCGUCAUGAUGACACUCACAGUAUUUCCGAACUUGGCAAAACUGCUGCAGUCGCCCCUAUUUCGUCGCGUAAUGCCUUCCGAGCAUGACCGCGUGGGAUUCGGCAAGUUUAUUGCCGUUGCAAAAAAGGUUGUCGCAGAGAGACUCAUGUUAGACAAAACGGCGAAACGAAGAGAUAUGUUAGGGUCCUUUCUCGCACAUGGCCUAACCCGAGAGGAGGCUGAAGGUGAGACAUUGGUCCAGAUCAUAGCCGGAUCCGACACAACCGCAACGGCAAUCCGGACAACGAUGCUGUAUUUGAUGACAGCCCCAUCAUGCUAUUCCAAGCUUGCCGAGGAAGUGAGAAAAGCGGACCGAGAGGGUAUAAUCUCAUCUCCUGUCACAAAUCGGGAAGCGAGUGACUUCUGUUAUCUGCAGGCUGUUAUAAAGGAAGGCCUUCGUGUGUUCCCUCCAGUCACGGGCCUCAUGUCCACAACAGUACCCAAAGGAGGCGAUUUCAUGCAUGGCAUGAGCAUUCCUGAGGGAACUAACAUUGGCUGGACAGCGUUCGGAGUACUCCGCUCUAAAGCAAUUUAUGGCCCUGACGCCGAUGUAUUUCGGCCAGAACGGUGGCUGGAGGCUGAAGAAGACCAUCUUAAGGCCAUGAUGGCACAGUGGGAGCUUGUAUUCAAGUAUGGCAAGUGGCAGUGUCUGGGUAAGACCAUAGCCCUCAUGGAGUUGAAUAAGAUCUUCGUGGAGCUACUUCGACGUUUCGACUUUGCUCUUACAGACCCUACCAAGGCAUGGAGUUCAUUCUCUGCGGGUAUUUUCAUUCAAUCCAAUUUAUGGGUGAGAAUAAGCAAACUUGUGUAA